UUGGGGUGCCCCCCACUUAAGAUCCACUGCUUCUGGUCCUUUCCAAGACCUUGUCCCCAAACCUACCUCCCUAGGUCCCAUCUCUGCUGGGUAACAGAACGGUUGAGGCCCAGAUUAGAUCUCAAGUGACCUAACUGGGCGGAGCAGGGAGGACAGGGGCAGGGGUUCCUCCUGGGAGGAGGGCCCGAACCCAACCCGGAAUACAAAGUAGGCUGCUCCUUCCCUCUGCCGGGCUCUGCACCUGCGCUCCGCCCUCCGACCCCGCCCCCAACGUGUUUUGUGGGGCGGGGGCCAGACGGGCCCAACCGGUCGAGAAGAGAAGGGCGGGGCGGCCGCCGCUCGGUGCGGGCUCCGCAGGCUGGGUUGGACGGGUAUCUGGCCCUUUAAGGGCCGUCCCCGAGGAGGUGCCAGGCCCUGGUGGCUCCAGACUCUCUCCUUCCUGGUCCUCCGGAGCUGGGACUGUCCGUGGGGUUGAGGGAGGGCGCAGUGCCCGGUGCCGGCCCAGGUGCCCCCGGCCUGGCCCAUGGCCCUGGUCACAGUAAGCCGUUCGCCCCCGGCCAGCGGCCAGUCCACGCCUGUGGGGCCCACGGACCAGGCUUUCAAGCGCAGAAGCCGGCUCCAGCGAAGGCAGAGCUUUGCAGUACUCCGUGGGGCUGUCCUAGGACUGCAGGAUGGAGAGGACAAUGGAGACGCAGCCAAGGCCAGCCCUGAGCCAGUAGCGGAACCGCCGCAGGAAGAGCAGCCCCACAGGGACCAGACAGAUGAUGGACAUGUGCCCCAGAGUCCCAGGAAGCAGGAGCAGAGUCAGCACCUGCACCUCAUGGUGGAGCUGCUGAGGCCGCAGGAUGACAUCCGCCUGGCAGCGCAGCUGGAGGCAGCCCGGCCCCCUCGGCUCCGCUACCUGCUGGUAGUUUCCACAAGAGAACAUCUGAGCCAGGAGGAGACAGUCCUCCUGGGGGUGGAUUUCCCUGAUAGCAGCUCCCCGAGCUGCACCCUAGGCUUGGUCUUGCCUCUGUGGAGUGACACCCAGGUGUAUCUAGAUGGAGAUGGGGGCUUCAGUGUGACGUCUGGCGGGCAGAGUCGGAUCUUCAAGCCGAUCUCCAUCCAGACCAUGUGGGCCACACUCCAGGUGUUGCACCAGGCAUGUGAGGCGGCUCUGGGCAGUGGUCUUGUGCCAGGGGGCAGUGCCCUCACCUGGGCCAGCUACUACCAGGACAGACUGAGCUCUGACCAGAGCUGCCUCAACGAGUGGAUGGCCAUGGCCGACCUGGAGUCUCUGCGGCCUCCUAGCGCUGAGCCCGGCCGCCCCUCAGAACAGGAGCAGAUGGAGCAGGCGAUCCGGGCUGAGCUGUGGGAGGUGUUGGACACCAGUGACCUGGAGAGCAUCACUUCCAAAGAGAUCCGCCAGGCCCUGGAGCUGCGCCUGGGAUGCCCUCUCCAGCAGUACCGCGACUUCAUUGACAACCAGAUGCUGCUGCUCAUGGCCCAGCAAGACCGGGCAUCCCGCAUCUUCCCCCACCUUUACCUGGGCUCAGAGUGGAAUGCAGCGAACCUGGAGGAGCUGCAGAGAAACAGGGUGAGCCACAUCUUGAACAUGGCUCGAGAGAUUGACAACUUCUACCCUGAGCGCUUCACAUAUCACAACGUGCGCCUCUGGGACGAGGAGUCCGCCCAGCUGCUGCCCCACUGGAAGGAGACGCACCGCUUCGUGGAGGCUGCAAGAGCACAGGGCACCCGCGUGCUGGUCCACUGCAAGAUGGGCGUCAGCCGCUCGGCUGCCACGGUGAUAGCUUACGCCAUGAAGCAGUAUGGCUGGAGCCUGGAGCAGGCCCUGCACCACGUGCAGGAGCUCCGACUCUUCUUUAUAUCCUCACCCUUCCAGGUUUUCUCUUCAAAAGAGUCUUCAGAUGAAGACCCUCCACAGCCCUUCCCUCAGCUCUCAAUGGCCAAGAGGGGCCAGCAGGCCUGCCGGGGGCCUUGGCCUGCCCUGAAGUCCCGCCAGUCUGUGGUUGCCCUCAACAGCGCCGCCUUGGUGGCCAGCCGGACCAGGGCCUUCCAGGAGCAGGGGGAGGCUGGCUGUUCCUCCAAACCCAGGCUCCAGAAGGUGGGGAGGCAGGCCAGUGUGGAUAGCAGUGGGGAGGAGGGCGAGGCCUGAGCCCUCACACGUGCCCAUGUUCCCCUAGACACAAACAGAGGUGCCUGAACACAGCUCCUGGGACGAGCACUCAAUCCUGUCAACCUGUCCACAAUCCUCUUCCUCUUAGUUCCUCCCCAGAAGGCCCCAAACUCCCACCACUUCAGCCUCAGCCCCUCAGCCUUAAGUCUCAGACCCACGUCCACCUGUCCAAGGGUUCAAGAUUUUCUCUGUAUUUGGGGAUAUGGUAGACAGACUGAAGGUGCCUUUGGGGUCACAGUACCCUAGCUUUAUUCUCAGCUGCUGCCUGAAACACUCACUUGCAGCCACGGAAUAAAAAACAGUUUCCCAGGGCAGAAAGGCUCAUGCUCCCUCCCUCACCCAGUCCUGUCUGCCUCAUGUCACCUACCCCCCCAAUUCAUUCCUGGGGCCUGUCAGGCCAGAAACCAGUGGCCCCCAAAGGCCCAGGAGGUUGUGAAGAGCCUGAAGCCAGACCCUUCUGAUGGAGCUGGCAGUCCGGCCUCCCUUGAACACCCCAGAACCAGGCUGAGUCUUUCGCUGCUGCUCCAGCACCACCAGCAGCACUGCACUGGGUCACAGGGCACUACGCCAAAGAGAAUCUUCUGUUUGUGCUUCAUGGCCUCUGGCCAGUUUUUCAUAGUCUUAAUAAUAUCUGGCUUUUUACUUAGAAAUAAAAAACAUUUUCACAUUAUUUCGAUUU